AUGGCUGUACCCUGCAUCAUUCUCCUGGGCAGAUUAAUUGUGGAAUCCGUAGGUGAAUCGGUGAACUCUUUGGUCUCGGAUUGCUGUAGUGAAAGACUGGUUUUAAACGGCUCAUGCCCUGCUGACCAAAGAUGCAGUCCAGGAUGUUUUCAGAUAUGGACCACUGGGGGAACCUCCUGUAUUAAAUGUGCAAAUGACUCCAGUCAGGAAGUGGCUUCUAAUCUUACAGAGUGUGCAAAUAUUACCACUCAAGCACUGGAAAUCCAUAUGAAUCUCAGCACAGCUACAUCUGCUCCUCAUCACUUAAGCAAUCCUGGAAUAGCUGCAUCACUCCUGCUGGGAACUUUCUUCAUCAGCCUGUUUCUUGUUCUAUCUGUGGCCUCAUUUUUUUACCUCAAACGUUCACACAUGCUGCCAGAAAUUUUUCUACAGGAGGAAUAAAGCAUCCAUCUUGCAGCCUAGUGAAAUGGCAUCUAUGAUUCCAAAUCCAAGCUAUACAGGUCGAAAGCCAAGAUAUGUUAGACGAGAAAGGACACACAAACCGUCUGCACCAGUGCUACUUACUCAAUCGGAGGAAACUCAAGUAAGCAACGUCUAG